AUGAUAAGCACAAAGGUAACUUCGGCCUGCUCUAAAACCCGCGGCCAAGAGAACAGCGCUCUUGAAGUUUUCAGCAAAUAUUGUCAGUUGGCAGAUCUUGAGAAGGUCACCACAACAGAAUCCGAAACAUUUGAGCCUACUUCUUCAGCAUCAUCAAUGCAAAGCAUUUUCGCUUCUCCAGCAUCAACUCCCGCAACAACGACCGCCUCGUCAACCGCCUCACCAACUGGCAAUCCCAGCUCGCAGACAAGUGAGUUUCCCGAGCCCGAGGGGCAAGACAACACCGCUGCCAUCGCCGCUGGCGUUGUCGUUCCUGUCGUCGCCAUUGCACUAGGCUUGGUGGGCUUCUUGCUAUACCUCCAUCGUCGGACACGAAACCCUCAUAAUCCAGGUGAACUCCCUGCAUCUGCAGAGAACCAAGCAACUGAGGUCUCUGGAGCACCCAUGGCCUACGAGAAGGAAUCAUACCGACAUAUGGAACUGGAUGCUGAAUGUCCGCAAGAGUUGGCUACAGAAUAUGAGCGAGGAGAGCUGGGCGCAUCAACAUCGGAGGCAGACCGGGAUAGGAAGAUCCAAAGGCUGCUCACGAAUGAGAAUAAACCGUAA